UGAGCUUCCGCCACAAUAUUAUUGAGCCCGCGCGACUAGCGGAUAUCGAGGAUCCCAUUAUCCGUGUUAUUCUAACGAACGAAAUUUAGCAAAACAAAAUCUCUAUACUUCAAUUUCUUAUUACCCUGAAAUUAAACGACAAUUUUUAUGGCGUCUUCGGCCGCUAAGCUAAAAGGAUAUCGCCAAGAAUUUACAACAAAGACUGAAGCAUUGGUAAAAGAGGUUUUCCCUUUAAAAGUUCUUCAUCUUAACGAUUUUAUGAAAACGAAGUUUGAGUCGACAGAUUUGAAAAAGAUAAAUGUUGACGUUGGUGUUCACGUGGCUAACGACCUUGAGCCCUUAGCUAAAAAGAGGAAACAUCAAGACGAGGAGCAUGUUAUACCACAUAACGCUGGUAUUGUCAAGAAUGGUCCUCUGAAAGCUAUAUCUCUGAAUCAGACUCUGGUGGAUCUUAUUGAAUCGCUUAAGCCAGAAAUCAAGGAAUUGAUGGAAAACUGUAACUCGGUGAAAACGUGGAUUCAACUUCUCAUACCGAGAAUUGAAGAUGGAAAUAAUUUCGGUGUUUCUAUUCAGGAAGAUGUUCUGGGAGACGUGACCAGAAUAGAAUCAGAAGCAGCGUCUUUCUUAGAUCAAAUAUCUAGAUAUUUUAUUACUCGAGGAAAGGUGGUUUCGAAAGUGGUCAAAUAUCCACACGUUAUGGAUUACAGAAGAACUAUCGUAGAACUGGAUGAAAAGGAGUUCAUAAGUUUAAAGUUAUGCUGUUGCGAAUUGAAGAAUCAUUAUCUAUGUCUUCACGAUACUAUCACUAAAAAUCUGGACAAGAUCAAGAAACCGCGAUCAUCGAACACCGAUUCUUUGUACUGACAAAGAGCUCAUGCUAGCUUCGCCAUCGCCGUCUUCCCGUUUCUGUAUAUUGUACACGUAACUGAAUUUGAAGACAAGGACGACAUGCGACGCGAGAGAGGCACCGUAUAAAACUAUAUACAAAUAACAAUAUAAAACUAACAGUUCUAUUACUUAAAUGAUAUUUUAGUCGAACGGCGACUGUCGAGGAAAAUUGUCAACGAAGAAGGCGACAACGGUUCCUUUAUUUCCGUAAUGUAGAAGAUGACAGAUAGACGUUUCACCAAAAUCGAAUACAUCAAAAAAUCGCGUGAGAAAGGACUCGUUUUUCGAACACGAGGAAGCGUCAUACUUAUUUCUUUUUAAAAAGUGCUUAUAACCGUAUCAUGGGUGUUUAUUGAUUCAGAAAGUUCUCAAAAAGUUUGUGAACAACUUCUACAUUUUAUAGUUUUUACAUACAAAAAGGUAUUUCUGGGAAUAUAGCUCGAACACAGAAUUUGAAAGACAGCGUAUCUCAGAAAUACUCUUUCAAAAACAUUAUAGAAAUCGCAUUGUAAAUUAUGCUUUGUCAUAGACUUUAUUGCGAAAUUUGCCUUCUUUAUGACAGUUCAAACACUGCGCGGGUACAAGAAAAUUGUAUUAAGCAUUAUAAUAUAAGCUGAAAAAAUUUCCACAGAUGUAUUCCUGGGCUCCUGUCCUCAAGUUUGCUGUUUUUUCCCCUUAAAGUUGUGUUUGAGCUGUCAUCAUUUUGGAAAUACGCAUUUUGGGAAGUUUAAGACAUCACUUUUCGAGAUCUAUCAGUAUCAAUAAAAACCCAAAAUGAGGAUAUUGAGCACGUUUCAUGCUUUUGGAUGUUUUGUUGUCGUCUUUUUUUUAAUCUUUCAUGCUCGAGGUCCGUGAUAUUAAAUUCUUGUAAAAUGUA